AGGAAACAACAAAAGAAAACAGAAUUCGGUUGGCGGCGGUCGCGUCGCCGCUUGAGCAGUUUUUUUUUCGAGAUAAAAAACAAACUAAAUAACAAAGUUAAUUCGAAAUGAACGUGAUAAAACCGCUCGGCUGCGCUGUGGCUAAUUCUGAAUUGUAUUUUUAACAGAUUUCCUGGCUUGCAGCGUGUUUAAAAGUAGUUUUAUGUUUUUGUGCGAGUUGCAGCAGCCGCUAAAAAAGUGCAAAAAGCGGCAGGUCGAGAAUAAAAUUAAGAAACGGCGAUAGAGAGAGAAUGUGCAAAAAGGAAGCAGCCGCAAAUCAACUUGUCGGUUUCUGGUAUUUCUGCCUCGCUACCGCUGCCUGUGUGUGUGUCUGUGUCCGUCCGUAUUGGCGUCGCUAAAAGUGCAUGUAAAAAUAUUAAAGAAGCUGAGCAAGCGAGCAAAAGUAAAAUAGAAGUACGGCUUAAACCGAACUGGCUGGAAAAGUGUGAAAAUCACUUAAAAGUCGGCCCUAAUAGGUGAAGUCAAAUAAAACGCAGCCGCCUGCAGUGCGUGCACUUGUAUGUGUGCGUGUAUGUGCGCAAUUAAGUGUGUAUGUGUAAAAGUAAAGCAAAAGCAAGGAGAAGAAAACAGUUUGCAGCCGGGGUACAAACUCCAAUUGGAAUCUGUAGGAGCUGGAAAACAAAGCCAAUCAGCGCAUGCGUGGCUGCAAAAUCAAACUCCGAAAGUAAAUUGAAUGGAUUCGAAUGGACGAGCGGAAUCACUGAUUGUCCAAUGAGUCUCGACUUUCCCAAAAAUUUGCGCGCUUUUCGCACUCGAUUAUUGGAAUUAAUUUAAUUUUUUCUUUUAUCAAAAUAACGAAACAAGUAUUUUGCAUAAAAACGAACGGAAAUCGAAAGGGACACCACCUGAAGGUCAUUGUCAAAAGAGCGGAACGCCGGCAACGGAACGGAAACAAUGCAAAUGGAAAUGAGAGGAAACCACGCAGACAUGCAAAUUUCGGGCCUGAGCUCCUCCACCCCAAAUUAACAUAACUGGCUCUCCAAAUAAGCGAUAUAUGUAUACAUGCACCUGAAAAUAGCCACCAAAUAAAGUUGGAGAAGAACAAUGGAAGUGCAGCAGGAAAUCGAAAGGGGAAUCCCAGAAUCAGAAAAGAGAGCUGAAAAAGCAAUGACAACAAGCAACCAAGAGACUGAAAAAGCGGCCAUGAUACGAGGUGGAAUUGAAGGAUCGGGGCUGGAACUGGAGUCGUCGUCUAGCCCCACCGAAGCCACAACUACUACAACGAAACCCUUGAAAUUUGACGGCAUCUUUGCCGUGCCAGCGACGCCUCCAAACAGGGCGAUGGGGCUAACAACUAAAUCGGCCAGCAGUAGCCGGAGUAGUUCCCUAAAGAAAAAGCGACGAGGAUCGCGUGGAAAUGCAAAUGCAAGCGAAACAGGAGGAACAGGAACAGGAAACGGAAGUCAAGCUGCUACAGCCACUAGCAGCGGCGGACAGUUAAAAUUCGGCAACGCCAGUGUUGGUAACGACUCGAUAAAACAAUCGCAGUCCAUGACAUCACUGCAGGCCUCGAACGAGGAGCAGCAGGAGCGACGUGACGUCAUCCAGGCCAAGCUCCAUUUGGAGCGUCCCUACAACAGCCUCAAGAAAAACUCGCAGAGCAGCAAUAAAAUGCACCGUUAUUCGUGGGGCAGCGGCCACAGUCAGUGUAGUUCCACCAGUCUCCACAGCAGCGCCACCUUGGGCCUGGGCUCCUCGGGCAAGGACGACCUCUGGGCGGCCAUUCAAACGAACUACAAUUAUAUUAUGGACACGAACCUGCUGGACACCUGCAAGGAGGCGCGCUGUGAGAUAGAGGGCGCUGCCACUGUUUUGGAGAAGUCCAGCGAGUGUUGCCUAAAGAUGCUCGACGAAACCCAAAGACCUGAGGGUCUCUGUGAGGACCCCAAGGAGCUGCGGCGCUGGCUGCGCGAAAUGGAGAGUAAAUUGGAGAGUUCGCCCACCAUAACAGAGCUCACACUGUUUGGCAACGCGGAGUUGCAGCGCCAUCUAGCAGUGCACUCGGUGUUGUACCAUGAAAUUGUAUCACACGCUCGAGUGGUGAGCUCUUGCAUUCGAGCAGCGGAAAAGGAGCAACAGUUGCAGCAGCAACAGCAACAUUUGUCGAGUCAGCAGCAGCAGCAACCCGCCUCAUUGACCAGCAACUGCUCUAGUGAGUCAACCAGCGAGUCGGCGGCCACCAAGUCUAGUAGCCUGAGCAGUGGCUUUGCCUCCGAUCCGGCGGUGACCACUCCCCAAGCAGCAGCAGCAGGGACAGCUCCCAGUAACCACAAUCCGUCCUCCAAGAAGGGCGAGGGCAACUUAGAGCGCCUGAGGGAUCGCUAUCAUCUGCUGUAUCUGAAGGCAUUCGAGCUGCAAUUGUGCCUGGACAAUCUGCUGAGGAAACGCAGUUCGGCAGCGAACGGCUUGGAUGACGACGAAGAAGAGGAGGACACCGAAGACGAUUCCUUUGGCUACGAGGGCGAAGCCACCGAGGACGAUCUGAACGAGGUCAACUCGGAUCUGGAGCUGGAGAACAGCCUGCCGGUCGGUGAAUCCAAGUCGGAGCAGAUCCUGCAGCGCUGCCAGAUAGCAGCCACUCAGAUCGUCUGUGGCCUGGACGGGGAGGAGGAGGAGUCCCAGAACAAGUCCCAAGCGGAGUCGGAGUCUCUGUCAGCGGAUCAGCCACGCGAUUGUCUUGCACCUCAAAAGCCUGGCGAUGAGGCCGACGAGGAGCUAGAGGAAGAGGACGAAGAGGACGAUCUGCUGGGCACCGAUGUGGUGGACUUUCUGAUCGCCAAGCGAUCGUGGAAUCACCAUUACCACCAGGCCAGUCCCAGUGCAGCGGCCACACUGACCGACUUCGAGGCGGACUCGGAGAGCAGUGACUUUGAGCAGGUGCAGCAGCUGAGCAGGCGGGGAUUGCCGCUGAUAGCGACCGGUGUCCGAAGGGUCCUGAAUCUGAACCUAGCCGAGAUGCCACAGAACGGCAAUGUCAUCAAGGGCGACUGCAGCAGCAGCAGCACUAGUGCCCUGCUGCAGCAGCGUCACCACCACAGCCUGGGCAACAAGAUGCACAACAAGAACAUUGCCGUGGCCGUGAUUACGCCCAAUUCGCACACCAGUGGGAACACCAGUCAUGGUCAUGGUUAUGGAGGACUCGGCGCCCACGAGCUAAACAAGUCGCCGCUUGGACUGAGGAAGACGCGUCAUCACCACAACGACACCUCUAAGUUUAACCGCUCAAAUCGCAAGUCCAAGAACUGCGCCAUCUUCUACUUCAAGCACUUGGACACAGACAACGAGCAGGGCAAUGCGGCGGGCAGUGACCUCCAGAGCGAGGAGGAUCCCUGCCUGAUCCGUCGGCGAGGAGCUGGCGGCGACAUACUGAAAUCGGCUGAUGCCUCAACGGAUGACGACGACGAGGGUUGGCUCUACACGGCGACAACAGCAGCAGCAACAGCUACAGCAGCAACAUUGGAAGUUGCAACAGGAACAACAUCGGGCAUAUCCAUUGUAGAUGGUCUGCAGUCGACGGCCAUUUCCUCGACCACAGUUACCACGGUUGGAAAGCUACCGCCCAGCGACGACUCGGAUAAGGAGAACAAGGAGUCUGGCGGAGUCACCACUACGACCAUUACAGCAGCAGCAACAACCGCAACUAGCAGCAACUACGACAGCAGCAGCGCCUGCUCCUCCUCGAACUCCAAUUCCAACUCCAACGGCAGGCACACCGAGACAUCGGCCACCUCGCGAGUCACUCAGCUGCAGAUGCAGAUACACUCGCAGAUGGAAGCCGAGAUGGAGUUCCAAAUCAAUGGCAAUGGCAACGCCAGCGAUGGCACCAACACCACCAGACACAUCAUUAGCAACAACAAUUGCUACAGCAGCAAGCAGCAGCAGCAGCAAAACAACAACGAGGGCGAGGCUGGAGAGGAUCUGGGCGUCGAUGAGACAACUGUUGAUAUGGCAAAUGGAAAUCUCAGCAAAUUGCAGCAGAUGAACAACAGCUUUUAUAGCCGUGCGGACAUCUGCAAUAUCAGCGUUUGGCCAGCAGAAACUGUAACCAGUUGCCACUUGCCUCCCAGAUCACCGGCCAAGUCGGCCAAGUCCCAGGCCAGCAGCAGCAAUGCCACCAUGUCCGCAUCGCCCGCCAAGGGCAAGGUCUCGCAUGAUUCAAUCAAGCAGUUGGUACUGGAGGCAGAGCAUUUGGUGCGCGACGCCCAAGAAGCGGCUCUGAAGACGCCAACGAAGCAGAAACAUUCCAUCAUUAAGAUCUCGUCGACGGUGAAGAAGCGAGAGGUCACCAUGCCGCAUCCCAUCAAGCAAAGGGUGGAGGAAUGGCUAGAGCACCAGCCUUCGACACCCCAGCUGCUGACCCGCAGCCACACGCACGAACUCCUGCCGGGCAGCAAGCCCGAUGACUGCGAAGCCUCCGGCGAGGCUUCCGAAACGGACUCGGUGCCCCAGACCCCAGCUGUUGGAGGAGCGACGGGAGGAGCUGCCGGGUCGGACACCUCGGAGGGAUUCACCGAUUCCAUUGCCACCUGUAUGCAAACGAGCACGAAUUCCUAUGGGAAUUCCACGGAGAGAAUCGGUGGAUCGGCCGAACCCAUUGGCCAACCCGUGACGCCUCUGGGCUUCGGGAGUAGCAAUCAGAGCCUGAAUGUGAAGAUUGUGAAGCGGCCUCAGUCGCGUCGCAAGUCGGAGCGACCUUGGUCCGUCUCCUGCCUGUCCCAGCUGACCACGGAUGCGGCCCAGAUGACCACCACGCGGAUUGUUGAGAACUCGCCACCGGGACUGGCCAGCCACUCGAUCAGCGAGAGCGCCUUGGAUUCGCUUUCGCCGGGUCCCAGACCUCGGGCUGCUUCUUCGUCGGGAACGGGAAGCAAUGCAGCCAGGAAAGCGGACAGCAAGGGCUCCCUGAGGCGGCGGAAGGCCAGGAAGAAGCGCAUUUCGGCCAGGAAGUCGGACUCGGGUUCCGAGCUGGGUGGCGAUCUCACCCAGACCCUGAUGAAGUCCUGCGAGUCAAUGUCGUCGCAGCAGCUGCAGGAGUUUACGAAUGCUUUGCUGAGCAUCCAGAAGGGAGCAGUUAUAGCUCCCUUGAGUCCCAAGGGGGGAGAGCAUGCUGGUGUAACUAUUUUGACGGAGGGCGAGACAGGGGAAUCGCAGCUUAUGCUGCCCAAGUUCCGGGUGGGAUCCUUCACCACCGCCGGUCUGCUGGCCAGUGAGACGCGCCUGGGUGCUUUGGCCGCCCUCUCCAACUACAUGAACGAGGAUGAGCAGCAAGCAGCACCCCCAAAGCCGGCACAAACCAGGCUCAAAGAACUCAGCACCGAGGACCAUCACAGCAGCAUCUCGGAGACGGCCUGGGACAACUACCAAGAGAAAUACAACUCGGAGAACUAUUCCGAGGGCUUUGAUUCCGAUGCCGCCCGUCGUCUCUUGGAAUUCGGCGACGACUAUCGCAAUUUCAUCGACUCGCAGUCGGACUGCUGCAGUUCUCUGUCGGCAGCCAACAAUCUGGACUCGUUCUCGCCGCCGCGCAUGGACUCGUUGCAGAAGCACGAGGUGAAGCCCCUGCACAUCAACCAGGACACGAUCAGCAGUAGCGUGGACCACGCCCGUCGCCAGCGGGCCCUUGAAUUGCAGUACGAGCGUCGUCGCAAGACGCUCGAGGUCAGGCGCAAGUCGUGUCAAGACAUGGAUGAAUGCACUCAAAAGGAGCUGCAGCAGGAGCAGAAGUCGCAGCCACUGCAGGCCCAGCCCUCGCUGUCUGCCUCCGUCACGGCCCUGACCACCACGCCCAAGACCCAGUCCACACAGCACCUUGGCCAGCGGACAGAGUCCGUGGGUCGCAAACUGGAGUUUGGCGGGAUGAGCCACUCGGCCCAAUCCCUGUUACGUCGCACCUCGGAGAGCGACACCUCCACCCGGCGACGACGCACUGUGACUGCUGACGAAAGAAGACGCUCCUCGCGCAACCUGGAAAAGUGCAUCAAGCUAAUUCCAGCCACCACUUCAUCCUCGAGUGGCUCUGACUCCGAGGAUGGGGAGCAGGAGAUGCGCUCCCUGCUGCAGCAGAGUCGCGAUCGGCUGGAUGACACCCGAGCCCUGAAGAUCCGAUGCCAUCUGCUGAGGCCAGAGGAUUAUAACGAGAUCAUCAACACUUGCCGCGACAACAUACGCUGCCUGGAGGCCGUGCUCCGCGGCCCGCCCGGCACCGUGCUGUCCAAUCACUGCGCUGGCCAGACUAAAGACCUGCUCGCCGCUUGGGAGGAUCUGCUAGGCUGGAGCGAGAAUGCCUCGGCUGCCCGUAAGCUGCAGCAGGAGAUGAGCGCCUUGAAGCUUUCGCUGCAGCGACUGGGGGAUAAGCCAACGCCAGAGCUGCUCGACACGGAGCCGGCCAUCCAGAUAGCCGUGGAGGCCCUCAAGUUGGAGCAAUCUCAGCUGUCUAGCUACAGGACCAAUAUGCUCCGGCUCAACGCCUCCGUCCACAGCUGGCUGACCAGGCAAGAGCGGCGUCUACAGAACGCCAUGGAGGAGCAGCAGCAGCAGCAUCAGGAGUCCGAACAGCAACUGAAACCAGAGAAAGCCCUUGAGGAGAAAAGGGAGAGUGAGAGGGAGAAGCAGACGGUGGCAAUCACGGUCACGGACAGCAAUGGCAACCAGGUGGAGGCCGCAACGGCCACAGGAGAAGCCUCUACUGCCACACCGGGAGCCUGGGAUGUCCACUCGCUAAUGUCAGCGGAACAGGAGUUCCACAAGCACCUGAAGAACGAAGUGAGCGAUAUGUAUAGCGCCUGGGACGAGGCGGAUGCCAGGAUCAACACGCAACUCGAGAUGCUCACCAACUCGCUGAUUGCCUGGCGGCAACUGGAGUCGGGCCUGAGUGAGUUCCACCUGGCCCUGGGCCAGGACAGGGGCACUCUGAAGGGCCUGGAAGGAGCUUUGGACAAGGGACAGGCUACGCCCGUAGAACUGGCCCAGAACGUGAAGCUGGUGGCCAAACUGCUGUCCGAGAAGGUGCACGUCAGCCAGGAGCAGCUGCUCGCCGUGCAGCAGCACCUCGAUCCCAAUCAUAUCUACCACAUAGCCAAGUUCACAGCCUCGAACGGUUCGCUUUCGGACUCUGGCAUCUCCGAUGGCGGUGCCACCUCCGAUGGUGGUUUGUCGGAGAGGGAGCGACGCCUGGGUGUCCUGCGGCGCCUGGCCAAGCAGCUGGAACUGGCCCUGGCCCCGGGCAGCGAGGCCAUGCGCUCGAUUGCCGCCAGGAUGGAGAGUGCCGAGGCGGAGCUCAAGCACCUGCAGAACACCUGCCGCGAUUUGAUUGUGCGCACGGCAACCAGCCAUCAGCAGAAGCAGCAGCUCCAACAGAGCGAGCAGGAGCACCAGCAGGAAAAGAGCCAGCAGCGAUCGGAGUCCGCAAUCAAAGUCAACGGGCAGGUGAAGCACAAGCAGGCGGCGGUCAAGGGCCAGGCUCAGCCCCACUCGCCCGGCAAGCGUGGUAAGAAUGCGCGCAAAUCCCGUCAGGGAAAAUCCGUUGUCGCGGCUGAAGUGAAUCUGGAGCAUAAGCUGACUCCCGAGCAGGAGAAGCUGGUGCUCAGCCAGCUCAAGACACUGACCAGUGGCGAUGGCGGCGAUGAUCCUUCGGACGAUCCCUCGCUGAUCUUUAGUCUGGAGAGCGCAGAGGAGGAUAACGCCGAGGAGGACUCCGAUUCCGGCAAGGGAUCUCGCCGAGGCUGGGCAUGGCGCAUCGCCCGGGCGGCGGUGCCUAUGCAGGUGGCCCUCUUCACCAUCUUCUGCGCUGCUUGCCUGAUGCAGCCCAACUGCUGCGACAACCUGAACAACCUGUCCAUGAGCUUCACGCCCCAGCUGCGCUAUAUCCGCGGACCGCCUCCGAUUUGAGCGCCUUUUGGGCGACCUUAUAGCACAGGAUUAAUCGUUGUAGGUUACCGUUACGUUAUGUUGUAACUAGAGUUAACCCGCGCAACUAGCCGCCCCUUCGGCGGAGCUACUAAGCAAUCGCGCCCGCGUUAAGCACGCCCUCUUAAGCGGCCUUCAAAGGGCCCGAGGUUUUAUUAGGAACAAAGAACAGAGAGCGCCGCCCUCCUUCGAAAAGGACAGAAUGCCGAGGCAGCCGCAAUUUUACAUCUAAUUUAAUUAUGCAUGGAACAGAGCGCAGUUUAAAAUAAGAAUAUUUUUGUUAUUUCGGUUAAUUCCUACGUCGAGUUUGGAGCGUUCAGCCAACUCUGUUAAGAUGUACUUAGGCCAGGAGCACCAGAUGCCCGCCACUUAGAUACUGCCGCCCUACGGGGGCCAGAAGCAGGAGCAGGACCAGCAGAGCAGCAGAGUUGUCAAACCCCACCCAGUAAAUAUUUAUAGAAGGAAAGCAAGAGAGUGCGGAUCGAUUGUAUGCUUUUUUGUUUGAGAAACACUAAAGUGCCUACAAAUGCGAACUGUGAACGGAGUAAAGAUUAUCGGAGGUAGGGAGAGGAGUACCCAGAGAUGACAAGGGGAAUCCACAUCGUGGGAAGAGCAUCAAUGCAAGGCAUAGAAGCAAACAGAAGCUAAGGCCAACCAACUAGAACCGCGAUUGGGGACAACACAGAGUUUCUAUUUUUAUAUGCAGCGAAAGUUAUACACAAUCCGAGUGCGAGGACAGCGACUCCUCUUCGCCCUCACCAUAAACACUGUAAGUCUAUUAUAUUAAUAGGGUUAAGGGGCCUCUCACCCAGAGCGAGGGAUUUACUUCUUCGAUUCGUGUCGUGUUUAGAAUGCCUCGACUUAGCUUAUGAUUUACACACUUUUGGCAGCAGAUUAUCGUUCAGAUGGUCACUGUGCUCUACUUGUAAGUUUACAAUUAUACUUUGUGCGUUUUCAAAACUUUCACUUGGCAGUAAAAAGAAUAAAUCUGAAAAAACAUCAUCAUUUAUAUACAAAGCAAAGAAAUAAAUAAAUCAAUAAAAAAUAUUACGAGUA